UUCAUGAUGGAGCCGGAGGAGAGUAAGAUAUCAGUGUGGGUCUGCCGAGAGGAGAAGCUUGUCUUCGGCUUGUCAAAGCGCACAACCUGCGCUGAUGUUGUCCAAGUUCUUCUGGAGGAGCAGAAAUCACAGCACGGCCUCUCCACAGCGUCAUGCCCACAGUCUUACUGCAUCGUGGAGAAGUGGAGAGGAUUCGAGAGGAUUUUACCAAACAAAACCAAGAUUUUACGGCUGUGGCUGGCGUGGGGAGAGGAGCAGAGAAAUGUGAAGUUUGUGUUGGUGAGAAGUGAGGCGUCUUUGGCGAACCACGGAGCCCGGAGCGCAGAGGCGCGUGUGGUGCCCAGCAAACACAGCCCCUGUGUCACCAAGGGGACCGCCGGGCGGUCUCCCAUGGGUGGCAUCUCACCUGAGAAACAGCGUCGGAUCGUCCGGAAAGCUUUCAGAAAGUUGGAGAAGAUCAACAAGAAGAGGGCGCAGAGAGACGCGUCCUCUGCUGAAAAGAUGGAAACUUUGGUUCACCUGGUGAUUUCUCAGGAUCAUACAAUCCGCCAGCAGAUCCAGAGGCUCACAGAGCUGGACGCAGACAUCGAGAGGUGCGAGGCUAAAGUGCAUUUGGACAGAAUUCAAAGACACGGUGUUAAUUAUGUGCAGGACACGUAUUUAGUGGAUGCUGCUGCGGCGUGCAGCCGGGAGGGAGACACAGUGUGUUCACCAGAGACUCUUGCCAAGUUUGAAGAGUAUGUCCGGCAGUGUGAGGAGGUGGUUAGACUACAAGAGGAGCUGUGGGAGCAGGAAGCCCUUAUAGACAUUUUCACGGUGCAGAUCCAGGAGGAGCUGAACCACCGCUGGAUGCAGCGGAGGAAAGAGGAGCUGCAGAGCAAAGACGCAGAGCCCGGCGAGGGCGCACCGUCCCUCCCCGGCACAGGGGCAGCACCGGAAAACGAAGUGCUUUUGGAAGAGGAGAGGAUCAGGACACAGCUAGAUGCGAGUUUGUACAUCGGUCUGCGCCUCAACACGGAUUUAGAAGCUAUUAGGAGCGAUUUAGAGCUGACCCAGGAGAUUUGCGGGGCGAGGGAGAAGGAGAUGAGGGAUUUGCUGGAGAAAGUGAACACUUUGGACAUAGAGGAAGGGACAGUCAGUGAGGAGAGAUGUAGCCACGGGACAGAUGAUAAGAUGGGGAUGAUGAGCACUUUGGAGAGGAAGAGUGAGUGGGUGGAGCAGGCCAGGGGUCUGUCCAAAGCUCACAGUGGGAACGACGACGACUCAGACACUGGCUUAAGUUCUCUGCACAGCCAGGACUCAGACAGCCACCCUGUGUGGGAGUCACUGGUUUAGGAUUUUACCAGGAAGCUUGCUUUUCUGACUGUUUAUCAGUUUUCAGCGAGAAAAAGACCUUCUACAGUCUCAGGGAUCACAUUUACUCUGAAGUAAACUAAAGUUUGUGAUAAUAUUUCCACAUUGAUAAAAACUGCAUUUAUUUUACACACAUAUAUAUAUUUCUAUGACAUCCUCCUUAAACUGGUUUAAGAACUAUUACAGUCUUUAUUUGUUGGGGUAAUACAUUUUAAUCUCACAAAGAAAGUUGUUUGACAUACAAAUAAAUCCUGUUUUUUAAGCUUGACUUCAUUUGCUCCCUUUCUUUCUGUUUGCAAUGACCCAAAAGCUGAAAACAAAAGUGACAU